AUGCUGCUUUCUUUUAAAACAGUGGGCCCCGAACACUUCUACCCAAUUGUGCAAGUGCGGAAACUGUUUAGUGAGCCCACCACAGGGAACAUUGAUCUCACGGUAACACUGAGCGAAUCAGUAGACAUUACUGAUUCUCAGGUGUCUGAUGGAUUAUUCAUUUUAUCGAAAGGCGGCAAAGAUAGUCUAAAGCCUGAAGGACUGAAGGCUGAGAAAGGACAGGCAAUUUUUUAUCAGAAAAUUUUAUUGGCCCUGGUCACGCCCCCGCCCGCGAACCCAUACUCGGCUGCCUCACUCCGACCAACUGGCGAUUCGCCCUCGGAGACAGAACAACCGAUCGCCAUCACACCUAACGACCUCUCUACACAGGUAGAAUCAGCGUGUGCCGCAUCGAAGCGGUGCGCUGAGCUCUCCCGGCGGGACGCGGCCGCUGUUCGGACUUACGGGUGCUACGGCAUUUUAUUAUCAUGCAAGAGCAAUUCACAACCGCAAAUAUGGGCGGUAAUGAUUUCGAUAACGCCAAAUCAUGAGUCGCAUCUUGAUGCGGAAUUUACAAGGGCGGCGUUUUUCGCCGCGGUGCCGUCCGUUUCCCACCUUAUCCGGAGGUCGGUGGUGUCGGGUGCACAGCGGGUGUGGCGCGAGUUGAGCCUUCGCUUCGGCGGCGUUGUUCCGCGCGGGCACUCCGGCUCGGCGCACAAUAAGUAUGUAGAUAUCACAGCACUGGGCACUCGCGGAGGCGCGCGGUCGCGGCGCGCGCCUUCUCACUCGGGGAGCGUUGCGCGUGAGGAAUGCGUCCUGUGCGGCGCGCCGCGCGAGACUGGCGCGCCGGGCGCACCAGGCCGCCCGCCGCCGCCAUUGGCCGGCGCCGCCCCUCCGCCCCCUCCGCCCCCUCCGCCCCACCGCGUCCCCUGCCGCCCGCGCAAAACCUCCCGGAGGCCCCGCCACGGCCCCGCCGGCCACCAGGCCCCAAUGGGCCCUCCAUUGGGCCGCGGCGGAACGGUCGCCGCGUCACGGCGCCGCUGCCCGUCCGUGGCGACCCGCCCCCUGGACGCGACGCCACCGCGGCCUAAGGCGCCCAUACGGCACACGCCACAGCUCGUG